AUGGCGCCACAGGAUUCAUUCAUCGAUGAGGAGGACGAGGUCUGUCCCCUCUGUACCGAGGAAUUCGACUUGUCCGACAGGAACUUCCGACCAUGUCCCUGCGGUUACCAGAUUUGCCAGUUCUGCUUCAACAACAUUAGGAACAACAUGAAUAGUUUGUGUCCUGCAUGUCGAAGGCCGUACGACGAAAAGACAAUUCAGUGGAAGGUUGUGACACAAGAAGAGAUUGCCGAGUUCAGAGCCAACAUCCAGAAGAACCGAAAGAAGCGCGCAGCAGAACAGCGCCAGCGAGAAGUCCAAAAGCGCGAGGCCGAAAAAGAAAACCGCAAGAACCUCAUUGGAGUGCGAGUCGUCCGGAAGAACCUGGUUUUUGUAACCGGGCUGACGCCGACGGUUCGCGGAGACGAGCUUCUCAGGACCCUUCGAAAGGCCGAGUUCUUCGGCCAGUACGGCAACAUCCAGAAAAUUUCGAUUAGGAAUCGGAAGGGCUCGGAUGGCCUGAACCAGUCCCUCGACAUAUACGUCACGUUUGAGAAGAAGGAAGAUGCAUCCCGAUGUAUCCAAGCCGUCAACGGUUCACAGAACGGCGACAGAGUACUGAGAGCCCAGCUGGGGACUACUAAAUAUUGCUCGGUCUGGCUUCGCCAUGAGCAGUGUACCAACCGACAAUGCAUGUUUUUGCACGAGCUGGGAGACGAGGAGGAUAGUUACACGCGACUAGAUUUGUCCUCGAUGAAUGGCAUCAGCACUCAGCGCCCUCUCCCGGCGCGGUCUGCUUCGAGACAACAGACCCAUCUAUCUUCGGCGUGGUCUGCUUCGAGACAACAGACCCAUCCAUCCCCCGCACCGCAUGCAGCACAGCCCAUGGCUCGCACCUCGAGCAAAGAUGGUUCGGACAAUGGCGAUAGAUCGGCUCUACCGUCUUCUGCCAACUGGGCUCGCAACCCUCAGGUCCGUAGCCGGAGAAGCAGCCACGCAACUAGCGGUGCAGCCCCGAGUCCCGCGAUAUCGAACUCAUUGCCUGUGAUUGCGGAGUCGGCCCAGGAAGCUAUUGAAGAAGCGCCAUACGAAGAACAUCAGACCCCUGCUAGACCUUCCACCGAAGUUGUUGCGGUUGCAUCUGCCUCUGGGUCCCCCAAAACCAAAAUCCAGAAAGCGAAACGUAUCCCACAAGACGCGCUGGCUUCAUUGCUUAAGUCACUUAACAGCUGUACACUCAAUUGGCCCACUGCAGACUCCGACGUCUCAUUUCCGCCUCUUUUCGAUGUGAGGGGUGGGGCAAAACGCAGAGCCAUGCGCAACAACGAGAAGCUCAGCGUCACGGAUGACCCGGAGCAAUCCGUUGAAGCGAGAGACCCUUCCAAGGGAGAACCCGAAAGCAGCGGUAGUCUCGCUCUUGGCGGCGAACCCGAGGACUGCGAGCACGUCCGCGAGACGCAUGGCUUUGUUUUGCGUAAGACCGCUCAACCUCCUAUCCAGCGCUCACCCGCCGAUGGACUAUUCGGGCCGCCCCUUGGUUCUGCCAUUGGGUCUACUUUUAGCCAGUCAACGACCAAUUUGGGCUCGAUUUGGAGUCGGGCCAUGACGCCUCAGCAAACCGCGCAGCCAGCAUUCAUUCGUCCCCAAGGCAACUUUGUCGGUUACCUUUCCCCAAGCGCCUCUUUGCAGGCGAGUCUCUUCCAGGGCCAGGGCCACAACCGACAAGGUUCCCGUUUCAGCUUUGUAAACGACGGCAGGGACGCGACGUCGUCGAUCUCGGUUAGGCUUGUAGCAAAUCCCUGGAUUAUGGCACAGCAGUUCUCAAUGAUGCCAUCGUCCUUCCACAACCAACCCGGCAACCAGUAUUACGCAUCAUCCAUAUGGGGACCGCCCCCCGGGCUCAAGUCGACAGGCACCCCCCCUAGCAUGUUCGGACAACAUGGUUUUAACUCGACCUUUGGGGGCGUGUCCAAGGAUUCCAACGAGAUUCUUCAUCUCCUAAACCGGGGGCGAAGUACAGGCAACCAGGUCCACGAUGCGGGCAAGCGUGAGUAUAUGUUUCCUUCGUUUUCUCAACAGUACCCACCCUCUACCUCCUCCACCCCUGCUCCUGCCUCAAGCCACUCGGCAUCGCUCUACGGGCCACAGCUUAGAGCCUUGCAACACUUUGGUUCAAAGCAGAAGAAGGGAAAGAAGUACAGACACGCUAACACAUCCUCCGCCGGGGGGAGUAUCCUAGUUGAUCUUACAGACCCGAGCAUCUUGCAGGUGAGACUGCAGUCUCAGCAGCAACAACAUCUGCAGGCACAGGCUCAGGCUCAGAGCGGUGCCGGACUCGGACAAGUUCUGUUCAGUGGCCAGUUGCAAGGUGGGUACAACAAUCCUGGCAUGAUGUACAACAGCAAUGUCGGACCCUACCAACGAGGAUGGGGAAUGCCUUGA